AAUAUAUUGAUAAUUGGUAACACUGAUACGCAGUGUGCAAUAAAUAAAUACAUAUUGUAACCUGUAACAAAACAAAUUAUAUUAAUUGUAGACAAAUUCAAAUAGAAUAUAUAUCGCCAAAAUGAAUCCGACGGAACCUACUAGUACGGAAACUUUAAGUUCCAAAAUGAAAGAUGUUAUUGAUGUAUUAGCUAUGCAACGGGAGAAGAGAAACACUUUGCAAAAGAGCAUUACGAUUGAUUACACAAAGAGCAGUGAUAGUUUUACAAUUUCACGAUUUAUAUUUGAAUGUGGUUUAAAACUGGAAGCUCAUCCUCUGACUAUUGCUACAGCUGCAACAUUGUAUCAUAGGUUUACAAAAGAAGCUGUUCCAGGAGGUUAUGAUAAUUGUCUAAUUGCUGCUACUUGUCUUUACUUAGCAGGAAAAAUGAAAGAUGAUAAUUUGAAAAUUAGAGAUGUAAUGAAUGUAUCUUACAGCACAUUACAUAGAGGAUCACAACCAUUGGAAUUAGGAGAUCAAUAUUGGAGCAUGAGAGAUGCAAUUGUCCAAGCAGAACUUUUAAUUAUGCGUAUGCUUAAGUUUCAAACGACUCCUGUACAUCCGCAUAAAUAUAUGUUACAUUAUUUACGAUCUUUGCAAGCAUGGUUUGGAGAGGAAGAAUGGUCUAAAUAUCCAGUUGCAAAAACAAGCAUGGCACUUUUACAAGAUUUUCAUCAUUCCCCAGCUAUACUUGAUUAUCCACCAAAUUUAAUAGCAAUCGCUUGUAUUAAUUUGUCACUUCAAAUUUAUGGUGUAGUAGUACCAUUAAUGGACGAAUGUGACCAGCAACCUUGGUUUAAUGUCUUCUGUAAAGACCUAACAAGAGAUAAACUUUGGGAGAUAAUGGAAAAAGUCAUGGCAGCAUACGAUGAAGAACCAGAAACUAGAGACAACUAAAGCAUUUCAGUGAUAUUUGAGUUCAUUGUAUAUUAACACAAGUUCGACGUUUUUAUAAAACUUGGUAUUGAAAGAGUACAAAUAUAAAUCAAGAUCAUCAAACAGAA